AUGAUUACCAAUGACAAUUGAAAAAUUAUUAACUGAAGAGUAAUUUUCUGCCUUAAGUGUUAAACUUAAGCAUUACUGAGUAGGGCAGACUCUCAGUGAAGUAAGCUAUUAAGCUGUUGAUACAGAAGCCAAGAACUAGUUGGGAGAGGGAGAGCAGUUCAGAGAAAUGCAAAGAUGUGAUCAGCAAAGUAGAAACUCAGUAACAAGGAAACAGAAUAACAAGGACAGAAUAAGAUGUGUUCUUCCUUUUGGGGUGGGAAACUAUGUGAAAGAAUCUUCUGAUGUCAUAAUUUCUGGGUGUUGCUGGAACAUUUGAUCAUCAUUCCUUCGGCAAUUCUAGCUUUCUAUGGAAGGUCAGUAGAAGCAAUUGAUUUAUUCACCUCUACCGGAAUCAGACUCGGCCUAUUUUGGUUUUCAGUGAAUUAUGCCUUUUCGGUUUGGGACCCAACCAAGGAGGUUUCCAGUGGAAGGAGGAGAUUCUUCAAUUGGGCUAGAAUCAGGGCUGAGCUCAAGUGCUGCCUGUAAUGGGAAAGAGAUGUCACCAAAUAGGCAACUCCGAAGAUGCCCUGGAAGUCAUUGCCUGACAAUAACUGAUGUUCCCAUCACUGUCUAUGCAACAAUGCGAAAGCCACCUGCACAAAGCAGCAAGGAAAUGCAUCCUAAAUAGCAUCAUUAAGUCUGUUGUUGAGGGUUGACUAGGUCAAGGGUAAUGGGCCAAGAUCAUCUUACGAUCUGGUAAACAAAUAAAAGUGGUGGCACCGUUGGAUGAUGACAAUAGUUGAACUAUUUUAUUUUAGUAAAAAGGAGAAAUGUAACCAGUAGAAAACACAUAGUGAUAAGUUAUCAGUUAUGUCUAACAGACAAGGCAGAAUAAUAUUUAACAGUUAGAAGUGCCUUAGAGAUCAUCUUGGAUCAUUAAUAUUAAUAAUUCAAGAUGAAACUUAAUCUACCAUGGCUAUCAGUCAGAUGGAGCCUAUUUUAUUUGUUUUUUUUUUAAAUUAUUUCAAUCUCUGUUAAAUUUCUCUGAUGAAUUUCUUAACUGUUUUUCAAUUACUUGAAGUCCCUGAACUUCUGUAAGGCAUCUAUUUUGAAUUCUCUGUCAGGCAGUAAUUCCAUUUCCAUAUCUUCAAGACCAGUCAGUGGUACCUUAUUUUGUCCAUUUGACACCAUCAUGUUUUUUUGGUUGAUCCUGACUCUUUUGGCCAUGAGUUGACAUCUGCACACUGACAUAGGUACCUAAUACAGUGUUCACUGUUUGGGUGUGUUUGUAAGUUUCCAUAGGAAUAAGUUUGUCCAGAGAUUCAGGCAAGUUGACUAAUCAGUCAACCUAAACAGGUCACUAAGCCUAUGACAACUUCAGUCAUUGCAGUCUUAGGGAGCACCCUAAACUGAGGACCACUGCCCACAGGAUCCUUUGGCUGCCAUGGCCAAUGUAGUACUUGGUCAAACUCAAAGCCUAUGGCUGCUAGGCCAGCACAAUGUCAGGCAGAUGGCCAGCUCACUGCUGAGGUUUAUUCAGGGCCCAAGGCUACUAUAGUUUGCUGGUGGUGACAUAGGCCAGAACUUGAGCUCAUCCUCCUGGAGUUGUGGUUUCCUACCUUGAGUUGAAGUAGGUCUAGGGGCUCUGUCCCUGAGUAUUGGUGUUGAGUCAAGAGGUUCUGCUUUGUGUGCUAGGUUUUACUGUGGUGGCCUAGUGCUGGAUUACAAGGCAAAUUCCUAAGCUUACUUCCCUCUCCUUCCUCCAAGUAGAUGGGGAUUUUCUCCAUGCUGUUCUGCCAGCAGUUGGGAGGGUAACGUGAAAAUUGUCUUUUCUAUUCUCUUCAAUGCAUAAUUUUCUUACUAUUUGUGAAAUCAGGGUCUCUCACCUGGUUUCCUUAGGUCUUAAUGAAGUUUUUUUUUUUAAUGUACAUAGUUGUUCAAAUUGAUUUUUUUGUGAGGGAUGAUCCUAAUCUAUCUUGCUUCUUCUCAGGUGGGGCCUAUUUUAAAUACUUAAUGUGUUUUAAGUUAACUUCCUUUGUUUAUAUUUAGGUUGAUACUUAGCUAAGUCCUUUCAUCUGAAUACCCUAGCUCAUUUAUGGCUUGAUAAUCUUUUGAUAAUGCUCUGCCAAAAAUUAUAUUGGGUAAGCAAUGGAGCCCUGGGGUUGUGCUUUUUGGAAGAAUACCCAAGAUCAAAAAAGUUCCUAGUCCAUGGUUAAUCUGCAAAGUAUUUUAACUACUUUCAUAUGGGAGCUCAGAUUAUUGGUUAAAUUUAUUAAUGAGGUCAAGGCUAUGGUUUUAACCCUUAUCUUUUCCAGGAAAAAUGUCCCAUUAUCACAUUAUUCCCCAACUCCCAACCAGUCAUCUUGAAAUUGUCUAUCAGUAUUGAAAAAGUUCAGAUGGAUCUUUUUACUUGAUUAGUAAAAGGAUAAGGAUAACCUUUGAGGUCUAGGCCAGCUCUAUAUGUUUUAUUUUUCUUCUUUCAGUAGUACCCAGGACUCAGCCUGCUUUUUUCCUUUCCUCUUCAUGGCUGUCACCAUCCAUCCAAUGAAAUUGUCUUCUCCAAAGAACUGAUUUAGGAUCAGUUAAAAUUCUCUCAGUUUCUUACUGUCCCUGAAGAGAUACAUAGGUUUUUUUUUAAAAUGAAAAAUCUAUUAGCUUAUAAUUAUAUGUACAUAGAUGCAUAUGUACUAUAUUAGUUAAAAAAUAAAAAAACUGCCAUGAAGUUAUAAAAUGAUAAACUCUCAUAACUUACACUGACAGCUGGGAAAUAUUCAAGUUCCAACCAACAAAAGAGAAAAGACCUUGUUGAACAUGUGGGAUAUUGAGUAGAGAUUCAAAAAAGUCAUGUCUCUAUAGGAAGACUAAAUUAGCUCUAGCCUAAAGGCUAGUGUACCAACUUUAACAAAGCUUAAAAAUAAGACUUCAGACAAUCAAGAUGAUGCCUAAGUAACAUAAUUGUAUGCCAGAUAAAAAGUGUAACACUCCUGAAAGGAAGAAAAGAAAACCCAGACAGGAAAUUGCCCAAGGCUGGGAAAAGAAUAACAGGAAAGGAGUAGUGAUAUAAUUCAUACAAGGCUGGAAAUAAUUUAUGUUUCAACUAACAUGAUGAAAAGUUCUUUUAUUAUAUGGAUUUUGAGUCUUUAGCAAGUAUUAUCAGAGUGGGGUUGGGAGUGGACUUGGGGGAUUGGGAAAGCUGCUCUGAACCUGCCCUAACAAUGCUAAGAUCAGGACUUGAAGAGACAACACUGAUUCCAAAUACCUUAACUGUAUUCAAGUGUGGGAAAACUCAAAAUUUAAAGAACUACAAUGAAAAUCUAGCACCAAAAAUGUAAAAUCCACAAUGAUCAGCAUAUAAUAAAAAAUUAGUGGGCAAGCAAAAAUGGAAAGAAAAUAUAAUCCAUAGUCAUGAGAAGCUUCAUUCAGUAGAAAAAUAGAAUGAUAAAUGAUAGCUUUAAUAUACAAAAUACCAUAAAUAUACUCAUAUAUUUUGAGUAGAUGUGAAAUAAUUGCAAUGAUGAAGAGAGAAAAGGAAGGUUUUUAAAAGACCUAAGUAGAACUAGAAAAUGAAAAUAUCUGAAAUAAAAAAUACACACUGAAUAGAAUUAAAACACUAGGUAAUGGGAAAUAAAAUACUAAUGAACUUAAAGACAUAGCUGUUCAAGUUAUCCAAAAUGGAAUAUGAAGAAAAAGGAAUGAAUAAAAAGCAUAAAUUUUUGUUUCACAUGAAUUCUUGUGUUUUAUCAUCAAGCACUCUUAACAUGUAUAUAAGAAAGUUUCCCUGGAGGAGGUAGGAGGAAGAUAGACAAAUAUUUGAAAAAAUAAUGCGCAAGUUUUCCAAAUAUGAUAAAAAGAACAAACUAAGAGAUCCAAGCAGCGUAACCAACCCCUUUCUAGGAGAAGAAACAUGGAAAAAAUAAAACAGUGAUGUACCAUAAUUAAAAAGAGAAUCUUAUAAUUGAUUAGUAAAUGACCAGAGGAACAAAAAUAAUGAGAGCACGCUUUUCAUCAGAAAACAUAUAUUCAAGAUGACAAUAUGUUUGCAGUAUCUUUCAACAAUGAAAAUAGACAAGACUUAGCUAAAUGAAUGCUGAGAGAAUUCAUCCCUAGUAGAUCUGUACUAAAAGAUUCAAAAAAGUUUUUCAGACAGAAAAUGGUGAUAGAAAUUUAGAUCUAUAGAUAUAGCACAAGAAAUGGAAAAUAUAUAAACUUAUAAACCAUUUCCUCAUUUUAAAACAUAGGUGAUUAAAGGAAAUUAGUAGGAAGGAUAACAUAAAAAUAAUGUAUGAUGAUAAUAGCAACAAGAUGGGAAGAAAAACUGAAAGUUUACAUUUAGAAAUAUCUUAGUGUAUGAAAUGGGCUUAACUGGGAAGCCACAGGAUGAUUCUCUUCUUGUCCAGGGAGUUUUGGCCAUGAAAGGAGGAGUGGGGGAACACAGGCCCAAAUAUUCUUCAAGACAAGGGUAUCCAAGGGCCUCUUCAUUUUGAAGGGACACUGACAGGAGCUACAAAUAAUUGGUCAGAAUGACUAUGAGCACUUAACCUAUAUUUUUACUGUGUGAAGUACUGAUAUGUUAGCUUAACUAAAAGGAAAAAAAAGCUGCUUUUACCUUAGAAGGGAAGCAUUCUUCCUUCCUCUUGCAGGGAAGUAAGGGGGCAGUCAUACAGCUGCUGGAGGCAGGCAGCCUUGUUUUGAACCCUGUAUCCUUAGAUCUAGCUGAAUGUCAGUGGACUGGUGACCUGAGCUGCAAAUGUUGUCUCAUAUAGGAUUAACAUGAUGAACAUCGGAAACAAGUUUAGUUUAGCUUAUCAUGGUAGCUGACAGUAAGUCCUCUAUGAACAGAUGUAGUUAUUUUCAUCAAUAUUGUCAGUUAUCUUUAUAUAGCUGAGAUUAAAAAUUAGUGGGGGAAUAUAAAUAGGUGUGUGUGUGUGUGUGUGUGUGUGUGUUUGUUCCUUUCAAGCUAAGAGAUUUUUUUUACUCCCUUUGGUAAUUCCUCAAAAUAUUUAUACCCAUUUCCCUCAAUAAUUAUUCCUUUUAUGUAUACUCUGUCUUACUGAUUGUGGGGCCUUGUCUUCUCUCAUUCGGACUUUAGAGUUGUUUAUCCUUUCACAUGUAAUUUUUUUUUAAUCCCAAUUUCUGUAUUUUUAAUAUUCUAGCAGCUAUUCAAUUUGUUUUUCUUUUUCUAGGCUUUAUUAACAAAGAUGCUUAGGAAAAAAGAUUCUAAAAUUUUAGAAAUAAGAUUGGUUGUGUUGCAGGCAUGUGGAAGAAAAACUUUUAAUAAAAGGACUUUUAUGUUUUUGAGUUGAA